AUGGCAAUUAUGCUAGAAAAUACAAAAGGGAUGACAGAUUCCGAAACUCAUCUGUUGUCUUUCAGCCUCGACAAUUUGGAGAUUGACCCCACCAGGCCUCAUAAGUAUCCUGGAAACAUUGUGGAAAAGGAUAAUGAUAAUAAAGAACCAUAUCCAACUGGUUGUGUAAUAUGCCGUUGUAUGAAUACAAAAUCUUUAACCUGUGCAUAUCCUCAAAAACAAAACACUGAAUUGCCAUCAAAAGAUUGCAUACUAAGGCCUCCUAAAUUAAACAGAGUAGAGCGAUGUAAGCAACAAUAUGCAGCAGCAUCUCCUGUACCUGUUAAUCGAAGGUUUAACCGUAAACAAUUAAAUCGAAAAUGGUCUACCGAUGAUGAAUUUCUAUCAGAAUUAUCAUUGAACAAUAACAACAAUAGUAACGAGUGUACUAAUGUCAUACCAUGCACGGAUGAUGUAACAAUUGAUGAGUUGGCCAGUUAUUUUGAAGAUCUAGUACACAUUCCUAAAAAAAUGUCCGACAUGGCUGAACUGAUGUACAAUUAA